CACGCGAGUGCGCGUACUGGGUUGGCAGAGUAUUUGUUUGUAGUGUGGUGGUUGUUGUUGAAGAAACAAGACAAUGGUGCAACUUUCCAAAACUGGAGCGAAGGACACGCUGAAGGCUGGCCAUCCUCCUGCAGUAAAAGCAGGAGGGAUGCGAGUUGUCAAGAAAAAUGCAGAGGACAAUGUGGAGAAGGAGACCAAGAAAGUGGAUAAACACAAGUCCGUGCCUACUUCCAGACUGCAACACUUGAGUCUUCUAAUGGCUGGUCCUCUUGAAAAGUUGGGUCACGACUUUCCAGAAACUCCGGUUUCUGUGCGACACUUCAGAGUUAGACCGGGUGUGGAGAAGCCGCAUGUCCCUCGCUCCUAUUGUAUCCAACAGCCACGCAAGUUUUGAGCUUAAAGUGAUGUGCUCAAGACAACCAGAAAAGUUAUUUGAAACGUGUAUUUGUAACCAUGUUGGUUGCACUUUUUGUAGCUUUGCAGCUUACUGCAUAGGUUGUGCAUCUGCAUUCUGAAUUUUACGUUGCAUUAACCCAGUAUAUAUUAAAGAUGCUGUUUGCUCUAUUUGCAUUUCAUAAAUGAGUGUUUGGAAGCUUGACAUUACAUUGUCACAUUAAUAAAUAUGCAUGGGACUCUAAACGUUGUUGUUUUUGAAAAGG